UUCUCUAAGGUCGAAGUGAAAGAAAGUCAUUUUUCUACUUGAAUCGUUUCUUUCUUUCGCGUUUUUCUGUUUUAACUCGCGUGCUGAAGCAGCAAAUUUUGCCUCCCAGCCUAAAUCGUGAACGGGCAACGCGACCGUGCAUCGUGAAGGCAUCUGCCUCGUCGCAUUUACCAGUCAGGAAAUCAAAAAUAUCAGCCGAUUACUUCGUCGCACCAGGAGCCUACUGCCGUGUCUGUGAAGCCAAGAGAGGUUUUGCACGGGUUGCAGAGGUAUUGUGGUACGGAAAACUCAUAGAUAACACAAAGACGACGCAGUAGAAAGGAACUGUGCCAGGACUUCAAUCCAAUGUCUAAACUAAACUCCCAUGGGGCUACAGGGCUUAAAAAUAUUAAUCUUGAAGAGAUAUGGACCGAUCUAGAGAGCGGCAUCAAGCAGGUGUACGAACGGGAACUCAGCCUAGGCAUCGCGCGUUAUAUGGAACUCUACACACAUGUCUACAACUAUUGCACGAGUGUCCACCAACAGCCCAAUUCCCGCACGGGCUCGUCGAAAGUAUCGAAAAAGGGAAUUAGCGCUCCACCGGGCGGUGCCCAGCUGGUGGGCCAGGAACUGUACAAACGAUUGAAGGAAUUUCUCGAGAACUAUCUUGUACGGUUGCACCAGAAUGGAAUCGAUUUGAUGGACGAAGAAGUGCUAAGCUUCUACACAAGACGCUGGGAAGAGUAUCAGUUCUCGAGCAAGGUGCUGAAUGGCGUCUGCGCCUAUCUAAACCGGCACUGGGUGAAGCGUGAGUGUGAGGAAGGACGCAAAGACGUGUACGAGAUCUACCAGUUGGCGCUGGUCACCUGGAGAGGUAAUUUGUUCAAGCAUUUGAACAAGCAAGUUACCAACGCUGUACUGAAACUGAUUGAUCACGAACGCAACGGAGAAACGAUUAACUCUCGUCUAGUAUCUGGUGUCAUCAAUUGCUAUGUCGAGCUCGGGCUCAAUGAGGAUGAUCCCCACGCAAAGGGCCAGAACUUGUCGGUUUAUAAGGAAAGCUUUGAAAAUAUUUUCCUCGAAGACACAGAACGAUUCUAUACACGAGAAAGUACGGAAUUUUUGCGUGAAAAUCCUGUCACUGAAUAUAUGAAACGAGUGGAAUUACGUCUAAACGAAGAACAAAAACGCGUUCAAGUUUAUCUUCAUGAAAGCACGUUGGAACGACUGGCAGAAAAAUGCGAACGUGUACUCAUUCACAACCACCUCGAUCAGUUCCGGACAGAAUUUCAGAACUUGUUGAAUUCGGAUAAAAAUCAGGAUCUGGGCCGAAUGUACUCGCUUGUUGCUCGCAUUAAAGCAGGUCUCUUUGAGCUCAAAGAAAUUUUAGAAACACAUAUUCACAACCAAGGGCUGUUUGCAAUAGAAAAAUGUGGAGACUCUGCUGUAAAUGAUCCCAAAAUUUAUGUUCAAACCAUUCUGGAGGUACACAAGAAAUACAACGCAUUAGUACUUACGGCUUUUAACAACGACAGUGGCUUUGUGGCGGCUCUUGACAAGGCUUGUGGAAAGUUUAUUAACACCAAUGCCGUAACUGAGUUAAGCAGAAGUACAAGCAAAAGUCCGGAAUUGUUGGCCAAGUAUUGUGAUCUGCUGCUGAAAAAGUCUAGCAAAAAUCCCGAGGAAGCCGAACUAGAGGAUACGCUCAAUCAAGUGAUGGUUGUGUUCAAAUACAUCGAAGAUAAGGAUGUGUUCCAGAAGUUCUACAGCAAAAUGCUAGCCAAACGGCUUUGCCACCAUAUGUCGGCCAGCGACGAUGCGGAAGCGUCCAUGAUUUCCAAGCUAAAACAAGCGUGUGGCUUCGAGUACACGUGUAAGCUCCAGCGGAUGUUCCAGGACAUUGGAGUGUCAAAGGAUCUGAACGAUCAGUAUCGGAAGCAUUACGAGAAGCUCCGGGAUACCCGUAGUUCGGGACAGAACGAAAUAGAUUUCAGCAUUCUGGUCCUAUCCAGCGGCUCGUGGCCGUUUGGGCAGGGCUUUACCUUUUCCUUGCCCUUUGAGCUGGAGCAAUCAGUUCAUCGAUUCAGCAACUUUUACGCCAAGCAACAUUCCGGCCGUAAACUGAACUGGGUAUACAAUAUGUGCCGCGGUGAGCUUAUUACCAACUGUUUUCGAAUGCGAUACACAUUGCAGGCUAGUACCUUCCAAAUGGCCGUAUUAUUGCAAUUCAACGAGGAAACCGCAUGGAGCAUCAAACAGUUGGCUGAAAACACUGGUAUCAACAUUGAAAAUCUUAUACAAGUACUUCCAAUUUUACUAAAGAUAAAACUACUCAACUGCUACGAAGGCGAAGGAAAAUUACUACCAGAUUCUACUAUCGAGCUAAACAAAGACUUCAAAAACCGCAAACUCCGUAUAAACAUUAACUUCCCGCUAAAAUCGGAACUGAAGGUAGAACAGGAAGCGACUCACAAAAACAUCGAAGAGGAUCGCAAGAUACUCAUCCAGGCGGCGAUAGUGCGUGUUAUGAAGAUGCGAAAGAUGCUGAACCACACGCAGCUGGUGAACGAAGUGCUGAAUCAACUGUCCACCCGAUUCAAGCCGAAGAUUCAAGUGAUAAAGAAAUGUAUCGAUAUUCUGAUAGAGAAAGAAUAUCUGGAACGUCAGGAAGGACAAAAGGAUACCUACAGCUAUCUGGCUUGAUCAGUGAUAAUUUUAAUCGAUAGUGUAGUUAUCUAAAAUACGUAUUUUCACUUUCAAAGUUUCCCGUCUGAGCGUACAUUGAAUGGAUUCCUGAGAAAACCAGAUAAAAAACGAAACACCUUUAAAACACAGGUAGACCGUUUUGACAUAUUGAACAAAUGGAAAAAAACAAAAAGGGAAAGUAGAGAGAACAAAAAGACGAUCUAGAGGAUGGAGAAAUAAAAUAUUUGAGUCUUGAUAAACCAUAACUAAUGUAAGAAGAAGUGUAGUAGGACAAGUCAACAACAGCAGCAGCAAAAGCAGUUAUGUAUGACCGAUUCUUUAUUCUGAAAUGUCCUCUGACAACGCAAACUUUUUCCCAGAACAAUCGAGGACGCACAUGAAAAGUAGGAAAUGUGGAUUCAAAUGAAACAAACAAAAAAAGAACAAACACACAUGUGCGGAUAGCAAAGGAUGGUUGUUUCAGCAGCAUAUAUGGAUAGAACAAAAGGGAAAAGCAACCGAAACAAUGCCAGUAUCUGUUGCAGCUAAAACAAACAAAUACUACAGACACGCUAAACGUUUAGUAGAUGCCACGGCAGGCGAUAUAAACAAAUAGAAAAAAGGGAGCUAUGUUUGUGCAUCUUUCGGUUGUAUGAUUUUUGUAUUGAAAUUUUAGUCCAAUUUUGUGAACAUGUGCGAAUCUUGUUGACGUUCAACGCUGAAUCGGCGCGUUUGGGGCGUAGGGCGAGUCGACCGUUUGUGAUGUAAGCUUGCUUAUUUACCUACUGGCGUUAGGGAGUAGAAUGGCUUCCGGCGCUGGAGGACGUAUGAUUGCUAUUAUAGUUUGUAAAAUCGAGUUGUAGAUAACCAUCAAACCGGUUCCGUACCGUUACUCUAUUUUACGAAUGGUUUGACUCCAAUCUGCUGAUAGCACAGUGCGCACCUCUCUUUGCUUGUUUCGAUUUUAUUAUGCUUUGUUAGAAAUAGACAAAAAGUGCCCCCUAUAAGUUGUUGUGACCAUGAUACUGACUUUAAUUUACUUGCACGAUCAUUACGAUUAGACAUUAUUAUUGUAAUGUCUCUGGGAGAACUAUUAGGAUUUUUUUAUGAAUUAGUUUCUCCAUGUAAUUAGGUACUACAGCGUUAUUUCCGUCCAUUCGUCCAAACGUCGUGCGCUUAGUCACGCUUCAUUUCAAGCGCGACGAAGAACCCGGUUGGCCGGUGCAAUUCGGAAUCACUUAUUUACGUAGCUUUAACCGUCUCGGUUCAUCCCUCGAUUCUAACUCUGUUCAGCGUCCCUGGUGGUCCCUGGUUUUCAGCUUCCCAGGGGGUUAGUAGGUAUAGAUCAUUUCGAUUCUGGAAAAACGAGGGCAUGUUAAUUUCAUCCACAUGCUAAUCCGUAAAAUCUAGCCUCGAAGAAUUAACGAAACAGAACAUUAAAUAAUUUACGCGAAACACGACAAAAAGGGAAUUAAUUGUAUCAUCGAUCGAGCCAAUGAUGGAAAUAAAGAUGUUCUC